ACCACUGCUUUAGUCGUCUCCACAUGGCGACUGAAACCCUAGAAUUGAAAACACCACACUUAGCUGAUACAGUUGCUGUUACCGAGAAGGAUACAGAGAAGAAGGAAGCUCCAGUAAGUGAAGACGCAGAUAAUAAGAAGAAGGAUGAAGUAGAGAAAGAUGAGGCCAUGAAAGAGAAAGGAGAAGAAAAUGAUGGAGAAAGAGUUAAAUCGCCGGUGACUCCAGUCAGUGAGAGACCUAUAAGGGAGAGAAAGAGGACUGGCCGUUACAUUAUAGACACUCCUUCUCCAUCCUCUGUGAACAAGCCUGUGUCAAUUGAGCAGGGUCGUGGAACACGGCUUAGGGAAAUUCCAAAUGUGGCUUAUAAACUGUCCAAGAGAAAACCUGACGACAACCUCUUCUUACUUCACACCAUUCUUUACGGCAAAAAAGGAAAGGCACAGAUGCUGAAGAAAAACAUUGGUCAGUUUUCGGGUUUUGUUUGGUCAGAGCAAGAGGAGGAGAAGCAAAGAGCAAAAGCAAAGGAGAAGCUUGAGAAAUGUAUCAAAGAAAAGUUGAUUGAUUUCUGUGAUGUGCUUGAUAUACCAAUAAACAAAAGUACUGUGAAAAAGGAAGAACUGGCUGUAAGAGUGCUUGAAUUUUUGGUAUGUCCCAAAGCAACAAGGGAUAUUCUACUUGCCGAUAGUGAAAAGGAAACUAAAAAGCGCAAGAAGAGCACACCAAAGAACGUGACCUCUGGAGAAUCAUCAGAUCUCCCUGCCAAGAGGGGAAGGCAGGCGCAGAAUUCUGGAAAGAAACAAGAACAGCCAACUGAGACUGCUGGAAACGGUGAGGCUGAUGUUGGUUCCGAAGGAACAAAUGACUCUCAUGGAGAAGAUGAUGUAGCUCCAGAGGAAGAAAACAACAAAAAUGAAGAUACCGAAACUGAAGAUGAGAAAGAUAAAGCCAAGGAGAAGACUAAGUCAACCGAUAAGAAAAGCUUGUCAAAAAGGACUAAGAAGGAGAAACCAGCAGCUGAAGAGGAGAAAUCUAUUAAAGGUUCUGCAAAAUCUAGUCGAAAGUCCUCCAGACAAAUCGAUAAAUCAACUUCAUCAUCAAGCAAGAAGCAAAAGGUUGAUAAAGACGAUUCCUCUAAAGAGAAAGGCAAGACACAGACAAGUAAACCACAUGCAAAGGGAUCCAAAGAUCAAGGAAAAUCCCGUAAGAAAGGUAAAAAAGAACCCACAAAAAAAGAACUGCAUGUGGUGGUGGCCAAAAUUCUGAAGGAAGUAGACUUCAAUACGGCAACUCUAUCUGAUAUUUUGCGGAAGCUUGGGAGCCAUUUUGGAGUUGAUCUUAUGCAUAGAAAAGCAGAGGUGAAGGAUAUCAUUACAGAUGCCAUUAACGAAAUGAGUGAUGAUGAUGAGAAUGGGGAAAACACAGAGGAUGAAGGUGAGAAAGAGAGAAAGGACUAGUUUUAUCUUUCUUCUCUUUUCUGCAAUAAGAAAAAACAUAACCCGAACAGACGGUUUAACUUAACCUUGAUGUGUGAAUCGAAUCAUAGGAGUGAUUUACACUUUUAGAGAAUGGGAUUUGUUUGUAUGUUGGUGUAUUGUGUAAUCUGUUAGGCUCAUCUAGUAUCAGGUUCGUGCCUCUUGUAGUCUU